ACACACGGACGGGGCAUCCAGACCGAGCGGGAGAUAGGCAGAAGCUUGGAGGGAAACAAUAUCUGCAGUGACCCAAAGUUCAGACACAGAACCACUGGACUCCAUUUACCUCCUCAAGAGUCCGUGACCUGAAGUUGAGCUCAAGGACGCUCCCAGGCAAAUCACUGAAGUUUUCCCUUUGCUCUGCCUGCUGACUGCUGCUCUCCCUUGAUUAGUGCCGAAAAAUGGAGCGAUCCACACAAGAACUUUUCCUCAACUUCAUGAUUGUCCUGAUUACUGUAUUGCUCAUGUGGCUCCUUGUGAAGUCUUAUCAGGAUUAAAAGACAAUCAGAAACUCUGAGAGGUGAUUUAAGUGUGUAUCUCAGCAGACAUAAGUAGCACUGACAGCACACCUCUGUGAUUAGCUUUCAGUCAGUUGAGGAUGUCAUGAAUCUUUUUUUACUCUCUCAUCUGUUGCCUGUACUAAUGUUUGUGAUGGGUCUGUGAUGGUCUAUUCUGCAGUGAUCCAGCUGUAAAAUGUAAAAUGCAAGGUCCUUAGGAACUGUUCAAUGUGGCUGUCUCCUUUGGUAGUUACUGUGAAUGCUGUAGCCCCCGUCCACCAUGCCAGCUUGUUUGGGGUCGGUGUUAGGUUCUCGAGGGUAUAAAACUGCAGUAUGCAAUGUAACCAUCUGUAUUAACCAGUGUAAGAGGCACAAGCUCGCUUAGCAGAAAGGAAUGUGAAACCUCUACUUCCACUUGAUCGUUUCACUUAAAUAAAGAACAUGUAAAAC